UACAGGUGAGGGCUGAGACAGAGGUCUUCUAUAUUCUAUAACAUGGAGGAACUGAGUAUCACAGUAGUUGUAGUAUGUUAUGGAGUUUCCUUUAUGUUGUAGUUCUCAUUGUGAGAUUUGGACUUGAGCUACGAUUCAGCUAUGUUCACUUUGCUUGGAAAGGGUUGUGUUAGGUAGUGACCUGAAGGAAGCAGCACACUGGACUCAUUAAUGACAUCUGGGAUAAACUCUAGGUUGCGACAGAACUCUGGAGUGUGUGUAUGUGUGUGAGAAAAUGCGUGCCUGUGUGCGUGUUUGUCUAAUGCUAGUUGCUCAGUGCAGAGGUAUUCUCCCUGUGGAGAGAUGUCAGUCGCUGCUCUGUUCUUGGAUGUGAAAUAUUUUUCUCAGUUUAAUCAGUUCUCCAUAGCAGACGGAGAGGGAGAGGAGAAGAGAGAGGAGAGGGAGAGGAGAAGAGAAGGAGAGGGGGAGGGAGAAGCGAGGGAGAGGAGGUGGAGAGGCUCCUUCCUUCCUGGUCUCAGAAGACCAGGGCAUAGUUAGAAAGUUGCACUAUUUUACGCUUCCACCGGACUACAACCACCGGACUACAACCACCAGACUACAACCACCGGACUACAACCACCGGACUACAACCACCGGACUACAACCACCGGACUACAGCCACCGCACUACAACCACCGGACUACAACCACCGGACUACAACCACCAGACUACAACCACCGGUCACUGAACAAGAGUUCCUUCUUUUUUUCAAACCCCCCCCCCCCAAACCAGCAGUGAUUCUGGCUAGCCUCUGGAGGGGGACACUGGCAGUGGGGAUAUUCUCUUUGAGCAGGGACACAGAGAAGAGAAGUGCUGUACUCCUGUAGUAGGUAUUGCUGUGAAGACGUGUGUAGAGCUGAAGGAUGUGUUGAUAUCAGGGUUUCAUUUGCCUGUGGGAGUGGAUCUACUAUUACAUUAGCUGUCAAAGCUACUAGGAAGUGACAUCAUGGGGAGGAAAAAGAUCCAGAUCACUAGAAUUAUAGACGAGAGGAACAGACAGGUGACUUUUACGAAGAGGAAGUUUGGGCUGAUGAAGAAGGCGUACGAGCUGAGCGUGCUGUGUGACUGUGAGAUUGCGCUCAUCAUCUUCAACUCCUCCAACAAGCUGUUCCAGUACGCCAGCACGGACAUGGACAAAGUCCUGCUGAAGUACACGGAGUACAACGAGCCGCACGAGAGCCGGACCAACGCUGACAUCGUGGAGAAAUUAAGAAACAAAGGAAUGCAUGUGGAUUGUCCUGCCAGUCUUGAAGCUGAGGACAGUUUUGGGCACAGGCCUGGCAUGGUCAGCCCUGGCAUGGUCAGCCCCGGCAUGGUCAGCCCCAGCAUGGACGCGUUGAGCAAGAAGGAGCCACGUGGCUGUGAAAGUCCUGACCCGGAGGUCACGUAUGUCCUGACGCCGCACACCGAAGAGAAAUACAAACAAAUUAAUGAGGAGUUUGAUAUUAUGAUGAGAAACCAUAAAAUGACACCCAGUGACCUGUCUCAGCAGCAGCAGAUCUUCUCCCUGCAGCAGGUUCCUCUGCCCGUGUCCACCAGCAGCACCGGUCACUCCAGUUCCUCCAUGUCCUGCUACAUCCCUGGGGGCUCAUCCUCCCAGGGGUCCCAGGGGUCCCAGGCCCAAAACCUUCCCAACAUCCAGUCUCCGUGCCCGGGCUCCGGUGACAGGACCAGCAGUCUGCAUUCCUCUUCCCACCACCACCACAGGAACCUGCAGCAGCCAUCAACGUUGGCACAGCAACGACCACCCAGCAAAGGCAGUGCAGGGGGGAUGCAGCACGGAGGCUCAGACCACUCAGUUCUAAAUGGUUCUGGACAUGGCCUUGGGUCUGACUCUAACCAGCCAGGGAAUGGAUUCAGCCCUAGCGGAGCCUGCCUGGGGAAAGUCCUGCUGCCUAAAUCCCCUCCUCCCACAGAGGGCAGUAGUGGGCCCAGCACCAGGAAUAAGCCAGACCUCAGAGUGGUCAUCCCUCCAUCCAGCAAAGGAAUGAUGUUACCUCUGACCAAUCAGAGGAGCAGCAGUUGCCAGUCCAGCCAAUCCCUGGUGACUCCAGUGGUUUAUGUGACCACUCCCAGUCUAGGUCAGCAGGGCCUGAUGUAUCCAGGAAUCAACUCUGCCUAUAACAACGACUACUCCCUGAGCAGUACCGACCUGUCCAGUCUCUCUACCCUGCAGGCCUUCAGCUCUCCUUCUGGCAUGUCUACAAGUAACAUGUCAGCAUGGCAACACCAUCAGCUGGGACAGCUAGUGUCUGGUAACCAUGGUAACCAGGUACCAGGUCUCCCGGCGUCCAGUUUGCCCUCCGGCACCAACCAGAUCCAGAACAAUGUCAACAUUAAAUCCGAGCCCAUAUCUCCACCCAGGGAGCGUGGUUUCAGCCAGCCUCCGUCGGGUUUCCUAGCACAGCCACCUCCUGCGCCUCCUCAUCACUCCGCCUCCUCCAACGUAUCAGAGAUUGGGAGAUCUCCAGCCGACAGCAUCAGCUCCUCCUGCUCCUCCUAUGAGGAGGACAGGGAGGAGCAUCAACCAGACUUCCACUCCUCCUCCGCGACGUUGGGGUUGGCGUCAGGGCUGGGAAGAGCCCAGAGGGGCGUGGAGGAGAGGGCGACCCCUUCAGGCAAACGCAUGCGAAUGGACAGCUGGGUCACAUAGGACCGGCCAUGACUCGGGUCAAGGGUCACAUGUCGACCCGCACUCACAAUGUUGUUGCCAUGAGUCAGUAUGCAAACAGAAUAUGUAGUGAUUAUUAUGAUUAGUACUUAGCCAUAAGGAUGCAGACAUAUCAAAACGUUUCAAGCAAACAACUAUCUGCCAAAUUUUGCCCAGGUAUUUAGACUUCAGAGGGUCUCUUUUUUAAGACACAUUUAGCCAUGAGAAUUAUUCCGGUGACUUCUCUACUUUCUUUCAGGAACAGAAACACUUCUUAGCUUAAUUAACUGUUAUAAAUGUGGAAACGGAAACCAAUGUGGUUUGUAUACAGACUGCGUUAGCGCCUAGCAGAUGGGACGUGUGUAACCACGGCCUAUGAACCAAGUGCUCUGUUUUCUUUUCAAAUGCUUUUCGUGUGACCCCAUAUAAAAAUCAGGCCUCUUCACUUAGGAUCACAGCCAGAGGCGUUGCUAGGAUCACAAUACAUUCUAGGCUUAGCCCACCUUCCCAGGACAGACAGUACAGGGUUUUGAAUGUACAUGAGGAACAUAAAAUGUUGAUGUACACGCUAGCAGCCUACACGUCUACAUUGUCAUAAAGCGUGAUCGGAAUAAUAGAUUAAUAGAUCAGGGGCAAUUUUUUUAUUAAUUUAUUAUUCAUAAAUAGCCACGGACACCCAGGCCUAACGACUGAUCACAACACUUAGUUUGGGAAACGCUGUGGUGGAACCUGCCAGCCUUCACUACCCUACAAAUUGCACAAAUUGGGAGGGGAACGUGAACCCGGAGAUCAGUUUGGUUAAGCCGAGGUAUCCACAGCAUACCAGACUAAUGAAAGGAAGAGGACAAUGGGUCACCUGAUGGGAGUUCUGGCUCCUAGAUACCAACAACAGUUUUGUCGCGUCGCUGAUCUCCUGUUGUUACCAGUGAGCCGUGGGAAGUCUGCACACAUUGUAAUAUCUGCACAGUGGCACACAAAUCAGGGAGGGGAUGAACACCUCCAUUUUGUCACCUGUGAUAAUGAUAGGGUAAAGUCACCUUUAUAUAAAAUAAGUACAGGUAAUAAGCUAUGGAGUCGUUUUCCAGCGUGUGUAAUAUAUUCGAUUGACUCCACGACAUCCUCUUCUUGCAAGGAUAACGCAGCUCCUUUUCCACAGAGUCACGUUCCUUGACUGGAGAACACAUUGGGAUCCAAAGAUCAAAGAUUCACCUGCGUGUUUUUACAGGAGGUGAAAGAUUACUUUCUGCACACACAUUUUUGUGUGGACGCUAAACCCGCCUCACCUGUGUGUGGUCGAAGAGCACUGACCAAGGCAUCCUGUUCCAAUCUGAUUCUCAUUGGACCUUAAAGGAGCUUACAUUUUUUAAAAGCUCUCAAUUAAAGUAUUGUUUCUGGCUGUUGUUUUCAGAUCGACUCUUGGCUUGAAGGUGGUGAUGAUUAAUUGUCGAUUAGGAGACUUCAAGAUUCAGUUCAAGAGUUUUCUUUACUCUUCAGCUGUGAUUCUUAUUUGCCUUCCAAACCAGCUUGCUCACAGUGCGUUCUGUACAUGCAUUUGGUCCCUGUGCAUGCAGGUUAAACACCAUUUGACUGGUUCUGAACUAAAAAAAAAAUGGUCAUAAUAGUGGUAAGUGAUAUAUAUUGUCGGUUUUUAGUUAUUUUCCCAACCUUUGCUCAAUUUUUGAAAAUCAACAAAAACUAUAAUUUGUGAGUUCCCAUGUUGAUAGAUUUUAAAUGCAUGUUGCCUCAUUUUGAAACCCCAGUGGAACAGAAAACCAUGGAGACUCACAACAUCGUUGCCUAAGACUAAUAUGUACUUUUGUUUAUUUAGGGAUGCUAGGAUGCCAAUCAUUUAAAAAAGAAACAAAAAAUCAUGGUUUCCUCUGAGCAGUUGUGGUAGUAUAGCAUAUAUUAGUUUUCGGAUAAAAAUGUAAUUGCGCAUAACCUGUGUUGUUUAAUUACAACUGACGGUUUUGCUCAUCUCUAUCAGGGGUACUAAUACUUUGUGGUCACUGUAUAAGACUGCGUCCCAAAUGGCAGCCUAUAUUCCCUUUGGGUCCUGUUUAAAACAGUGCACUAUCAAGUGAAUAGGGUGACAUUUGGGAGAGAGUUCGAUCUCAGGUAGUUUCCUCUGACUGGGCCGGUUGUACAGUGCUACGCCAUCAUCUCCGUUCAUUUCACUGCUACAUUUAUUUGUUGUUCGGCGCAGGCCAUAUGCUUCCCUUUGUCACGUUUUGAUAAUUGACAUAAUGAGACAAAACUUCAGCACGAUAUUGAUUUCAAAUCGAAAGCCAUGGACACCUGCUGUUACGUAUGUAAAGUCAAACAUGAAUAAAACAAAACGUUGGUCAGGUAUAUAGCAACUUUAAUAUAUAUCCCUGUUGGUGUAUGUACCUAUAUAUUGUAUGUUCACCAGCUUUUGAAAAGGUAUAUUUUUGUGGAUUACUGCCAGUUUGCAAGGCAUUCAAGAUCGAUGUUUUCCAGUCAUUAUUGGUAAUGGGUUUGUUGCUACCAAUGUGGAAGUAGGGCUAUUUGGUCAAACGCUGAUGUUUCGUCUCAUAACAGAGAAUGGACUGUUCUGUUCUGUUUGAUGGGUUCCAGUAAACGUGUGCUGCAGUAGACCACCAGAAUCUCUGGGUAGAAAUGUGUGUUGAUGAGACUCCUUCGGACCUCCGCCUCGCGGGGUAGGUGUGGCCCGUUGUGGUCAGGACUGGGCUCCGGGUUUCCGAUCCUGAAUGGUCAAAACACUUCUGGUUUCCGUUUCUUCAUCCAGGCAAAUUGAACUUGUUCAAGGUCUGAAACCGUUCAUUGUGGAGAGACAGGACACACCAGAGGUGUUUUGACCCUCCAGAACUGAAAUUGUGUCUCCCGGCUCUAAAGCCAUGGUGAGUUCACGCUGUAAACUCUCAUUACUGGUUGAAGAGGUUCAAGAGAUAGAGAUUAAAAUAAAACAUCUACAAACUCUGAUAAGUAA